GUUAGCUACAGUUUGUUUACAUCUGAGCAACACAUUUAUCUGCAUAAAGCGUUAGCAAGCCUGCUUCUCCCCAGCCUGUGUAUUUGGAAAUGUAUACUGCUCACCACGUGUUUGUCCUUAAUAUCACCGGCAGUCCUUUUAACAAGGCAUCUAGCUACAGAAAGCCCAGUUCUUCAAAUCUGCGGAAGAAAGCCGGACCCAAACCUGACCUAACAGAGGAACAGAAACAGGAGAUCCGUGAAGCAUUUGAUCUCUUCGACACGGACGGCUCGGGGACCAUCGACGUUAAAGAGCUGAAGGUGGCCAUGAGAGCCUUGGGCUUUGAACCCAAGAAAGAGGAGAUAAAGAAGAUGAUUGCAGACAUUGAUAAGGAGGGCUCUGGCACUAUUGAUUUCAACGACUUUCUGUCCAUGAUGACGGUGAAAAUGAGUGAAAAGGAUUCUAAGGAGGAAAUUCUGAAGGCUUUCCGGUUGUUUGAUGAUGACGGCACAGGGAAAAUUUCUUUUAAAAAUCUCAAAAGAGUGGCCAAAGAGCUCGGAGAAAACCUGACAGACGAGGAGCUGCAGGAAAUGAUAGAUGAGGCAGACCGGGAUGGAGAUGGAGAGAUAAAUGAACAGGAGUUCCUGAGGAUAAUGAAGAAGACGAGUCUGUAUUAGAGUGCUGCAUUCAGAGCAUCAAGCUCGCUCACAAACUCUCCACGAAACUUGUGCUUUGUACUCGUUUAUGGAACUGGAAGUUGCGUUUCAAGGUUUACCACAAAAGUACAUUUUUGUUUCUUCUUUUUGAAAAAAAUUAAAAUGUAUGUUUAUAUUUUGUAAAAUUUUCAAGACAAUAAAAAGUUUGCUCAUAAUCUGUGAGAAUGUAAUUAAUGAUUAGGAAGGGAAAAAAAUCUGGAUUUUUAACUAUUACAAUUCUUGGAUAAUCAAAGCAGAACCUCUGCAUAUUAUUAGGUUGUUUCUCUGAAUGCUCAGCAAUAGGGGGCAGUAAUGCAGUGCUAACGGGCUCGAGUUUGCCCUAUUCAAUUCUGAAAAGCUUUUAGCACUCAGUUACUAAAGUAUUAAUUUAACGUUGUGUAAGUGUGGUAAUGAGCUCUACUGUGUGCUCAAAAAUGGGAAAAUUCAAUAUUUUUAUAGUAAUACAAUUGCCCAGAGAAAAUGUUAAGUAAUAGUUUUCUUUCCCAAGAAGAUUUCUGGCCCACUUUGUGUGCCCCCUCAUGUGCAUGUGGGUUUCCACUGAGUACUCUCAUUUAUUCCCACAGUUCAAAAGACAUGUUAGGCUACUUGGUCAAAGGUAUGCAUGUGUGAGUGAAUAUUGUGUAUACCCUGCAAUGGAUUGAUUGGUGUUUUGGAAAAUGAAUGAAUGGAUGGAUGGGUGGACUUUGUGUUUGUGAGUGUUAUAACACCCAGUUCCAGUCAAAGUUACAAUGCUGAACUUUGACUGGAACUGUGGAUGCUAUGGUCAGAUGAGGCCAAACUGAUCUUCUUGGCCUGGUGCAUCAGCAGUGGGGAAGGACAGGGCCAGGCUCACAUACCUCUAUGAUGCAUCUUCCAUUUAGCAUCAUAAUUGCAUUAAUCAUCAAUUGUCAUUUAAAGCAUUAACAUAGGUUUCCAUUUGUAACUUGGAUUCCUGUUCACUCUUUCCAAACUAAAAUGAAAUUCCACCUCUA